AUGACCACGGUGUUUCCGGACAUCCAAUUCGGACCGAGCACUGUUGUUCAAAGUCCAUCACUCACCCAUAUCAUUGCAUCUGUUACUUCCCAUCCACUCUCGACAGCGAACUCGACGGUCAUUACAUUAGCUACCCCGUCAAACUCACCCACGACGCCACCAAUUUCUACCUCAAACUCUGGGUUCUCGGAUCGAAUUCAGACCUUUUUCCAUUCCCUGCCUUACGAACCUGGUAUAUUUAUUGGGAUCUUAGUAGCAGCUUUGGUCUUGCUUCUGAUUCUCUCGGCUGCGAUCUUCACUUGCGUUAAGUCCUGUCAGCGGAGGCAAGGGUUCUUAGGCAGAACACCAGCACCGGCUGCUGCUUGGGAGGGAGUUGGUGCUGGCAUUUGGCAUCAUGGAGGAAUAUACCCGGAGAGAAAGAACGGCAGUCCGGCUACCAUUAAGAAUUCUCUCAGAAGACACUCAAGUUCCGGCUCUUUCUUCCCUAAGUACUCACACGAUGAUUUAAUUCAACUGUCUAGUCCAAUUUACCACAAACCUAUGCGACCAACCGGUGCAACCAAGGCUGCUCCUUCAAGCAGUGGUUACAUUUUAGACAUGCCAAGGGCCUAUAUUCAUCGUCCGCCAGGGGUGUUGACAACCUUUUGGGUUCCAAAAACGACCCUGCAGGAGAAGUGCCAGUCGGAGAUUCCCUGA